CCGUCCCGUCGCUCCCGCCCCCCGUCUCUCUCUCUCCUUCCGCCGCGAGAGGGCCUAGAAAGACGACCCGCCUCGCCGGAAAAUCCCGGGGUUCCGCGGCGGCCGGAGCUUCGUUCUCCGAUCGCCCCUCCCAAUCGCUCCGUCCGACGCGGCGAAGGGGGGGGGGACCUCGGUUUCCGCCCCAUGCUUCUCCGUCGCGUUUAGCGCCCCGGUAUCGCCCGUCCGGAUAAAAGCGUCGGGAGCCAUGGAUUCUUCCGCCGGCGGCGGCGGCGGCGGGGCGGCGAACGAGAGCGGGAAUCCGCCCGCGUUGCUCCGAUUGUUCAUAGCUAUCCUCUUGCCUGUCGUCUUCUUCUUCUCCUCGUCGUUCUUGAUCGGCGUCGUCGCUCUCCUCGUCAGUAAUUUCUCGAUCCCCAGCCCUAUGUCGCUGCCUUCUCAGUGCAAAAUCGUCGCCAGCAGUGUGGAUAUAAGGUCGUCUAAAGUUUGCGAGCUCGGGCUGUUGAAUUAUAACGCCAAGAUUGUUUUCAGUUCGUCCGAGAAAAGGAAAUUCCGGUGCCAUUAUGAUUACUAUUGGGCUUCAGUAUUUAAGGUAGAAUAUAAGGAUCAUUUAUCAGGUCAGACUCGACUAGCACUUGCAGAGGCCCCAAACGAGGCCCUUCCUGCUGACUGCAGACCUGGUUUUGGUGUUGCUUGGUUGACCAAAGAUACAUUUAAGGUGAAUAAUACUUAUGACUGCUGGUAUACAUCUAGCAAUUCCAAAGUAAGCAUCUAUCAUGAUGACUUCUUCAGUUGCCAAGCCAAAGAUCCAUCUGCAAUGGAGAUGAUGAGGAGAUACUAUUUAUUGUUCUCAGAGAUUUUCAAAUCCUGGGUAGCCGGCAAGAUCAGAGCUAAAUAUUGGAAAUGGGAAACUAUUGCUGGGGUGGUUGCUGGUUUUUCAACCUCCUUAAUAACUAUGAGUUUUAUCAGACUCUUUCAACAGAUGAAAUCUCGGCAUUGGUUGCGUCCAACCAGGAUGCUUCCUUGCAUGGUUAGUGCAAACCGAUUGAAGCGUGCUUGUUUGUUUGUGGCAUAUGUAUCUUUUACUGGUUGGCUUGCUUUACAAUAUGGAAAAAAGCUGGGCCUUCCUGUGAUUUAUGUUCAUAGGUAAUCUGGAAUAGCCAUUUUUUUGUCACCUUGUCAUUUAGGAUUCUGCUACUAAUGUAAUUGCAGGAUCUCGUUGAAUAUUGUACUUAGCAGAAAAGAGAGAAACGUUUGCUUAGCAAGUAAGUGAUUGGUUGUUGUGUGGAAUAGCGGGAUGUAUGUAGUGAAGGGGAAGUUAAAGCAAGAGGCAAUUCAAAAUGCUGCUGUUGAUCUCUUAA